AUGGCGGAUUUCAAUUGUCGCAUGUACGAGAAGAAGUACCCAGAGGAGAAUGAGUUGGUCAUGGUUAUGGUGCAGAGCGUUGGUGAGAUGGGUGUCUACGUGUCAUUGAUGGAGUACAACAACAUCGAAGGAAUGAUCCUGUUGACUGAGAUUUCACGUCGUCGUAUCCGUUCGCUGACAAAGCUCGUUAGAGUCGGCAGACAAGAGGUUGUCGUCGUCGUCAGAGUCGAUAAAGAGAAGGGAUACAUCGAUUUGUCCAAGAGAAGAGUCACUCCAGAGGAGAUUUCAAAGUGCGAGGAUCGUUAUAACAAGUCAAAGCAUGUUCACAGCAUCAUUAGACAUCUUGCGACCAGACUGACGAAUGAUGAGGUUACUGUUACACCAAAGCAACUAUAUAAUCAGUUCGGAUGGGCUCUGUACACCAAGUACGGACAUGCCUACGAUGCAUUCAGACUGGCCAUCACAGAGCCAGCAGUAUUUGAUGGCUUCGACAUUAAGCCAGAUCAGAUGAAGUUGCUGAUGGAGAUUAUCGCUCAUAAAUUAAAGCCACAGCCAUUGAAGAUCCGUGCCGACUUUGAGAUGACAUGUUUCGACUAUGAGGGCAUCGACGCCAUCAAGGACUCUGUGCACGCCGCUCAGAACUUUGCCGUCCAGAACAUUCCAAAGCUGCCAGAGAACGCCAGCGAAGCCGAGAAGGCCUUUGGCGUCGUCACUGUCACUCUGAUCGCACCACCCCUCUACGUCAUGGUUGGAACAUUCGACGACAAGGACAAGGGACUGGCGAUGCUGAACCGCUGUGUCGAGGUGCUCAAUGAGGAGCUCGAGAGGAGAAAGGGCAAGCUGACUGUUAAGAUUCCACCACGUGCAGUUGGAGCUUCCGACGACCAAGAGUUGGACGACCUUAUGGAGCAGUUGGAGAGAGAGAACGAGCUGGUCGAUGGCGACAACUCUGACGACGACAACGAGGACGACGAGAAA